AACCAGUAAUGGAAAUUUCGUCCUCGUUCACUCUGUCCCUUCAUCUUCAACCUUUCCCUCCAAAUCCUCUCGCCGUCGCCUUCGCCGCCGCUAAUUCCAAUUCUGGCCACCGACUGUCCCGAAUCAAAACCUCGACACAGACACUGACCGAUACACCGCCCUUAAGAAACAAAGUAGUUGCCAAAUUUCAGAACAGAAAACGCCCAGUUUUUGCUGAGAGAGAUGCUUUUCCUGAAUCUUUGCCACUUCACACCAAGAACCCACAUGCCAUUUACAAGGAUAUUCAAAGAUUUGCGCGCCAAAAUAAGCUCAAAGAGGCGCUUACGAUUAUGGACUAUUUGGAUCAACGAGGCAUCCCAGCUAAUGCGACUACAUUUUCUUCUCUUAUUACUGCUUGUGUUAGAGCCAAAUCUUUGGCUAACGCGAAACAGGUUCACGCUCAUAUUCGGAUAAAUGGACUUGAAAACAAUGAAUUUCUGCGUACGAGGCUUGUUCAUAUGUAUACUGCUUGUGGGUCUUUGGAAGAUGCACAGAAGCUAUUUGAUGAAAGUUCUAGCAGAAGUGUUUAUCCUUGGAAUGCGUUGCUUAGAGGCACUGUAAUGGCAGGUCGACAGGAUUACCGUAGCAUACUCUCGACAUAUGCAGAAAUGCGAAGAUUGGGGGUUGAAUUGAACGUUUACUCUUUUGCUAAUAUCAUUAAGAGUUUUGCAGGUGCAUCGGCGCUUACCCAGGGGCUUAGGGCCCAUGCCCUUUUGAUUAAAAAUGGAUUGGUUGGCAGUUCAAUUCUUGGGACAACUUUGAUUGAUAUGUACUUCAAAUGUGGUAAGAUCAAGCUUGCCCGCCAGAUGUUCGAUGAAAUUACUGAGAGAGAUAUUGUAGUUUGGGGAUCAAUGAUUGCUGGUUUUGCUCACAAUAGACUUCAAAGGGAAGCUUUGGAAUAUACAAGGAGGAUGAUCGACGAUGGAAUUAGACCGAAUUCGGUCAUACUGACAUCGAUUCUUCCUGUUAUUGGAGACGUCGGGGCUAGGAGAUUAGGCCAGGAAGUUCAUGCUUUUGUUAUAAAGACAAAGAACUAUUCAAAGCUGAUAUAUAUUCAAUCUGCUUUGAUUGAUAUGUAUUGCAAAUGUGGAGACAUAGGUUUGGGCAGAGCGGUUUUUUAUGGUUCCAUGGAGAGGAAUGCUAUCUGUUGGACUGCUUUGAUGUCUGGUUAUGCUUUAAAUGGCAGGCUAGAGCAAGCUGUAAGAUCAGUCAUUUGGAUGCAGCAGGAAGGGUUUAGACCAGACGUCGUUACGGUUGCUACAAUUCUUCCAGUUUGCGCCAAGUUGAGGGCUCUCAAACCUGGAAAGGAGAUUCAUGCAUACGCUUUGAAGAACUACUUCCUACCAAAUGUAUCCAUUGUUUCAUCCUUGAUGGUAAUGUAUUCAAAAUGUGGAGUACUGGACUAUUCUCUAAAGCUUUUCAACGCCAUGGAGCAAAGAAAUGUGAUCUUAUGGACAACAAUGAUUGAUUCCUACAUAGAAAAUCAGUGUCUGUAUGAAGCUAUUGAUAUAUUCAGAGUUAUGCAGCUAUCAAAGCAUCGACCAGACACUGUAGCCAUGUCAAGAAUCCUCUUUGUAUGCAGUGAACUAAAACUGUUGAAGAUGGGGAAGGAGAUACAUGGGCAAGUUUUGAAGAGGAACUUCGAGUCAGUCCAUUUCGUUUCGUCCAAACUCGUGAAGCUAUAUGGGAAAUGUGGAGCUGUAAAAAUGGCAAAAAUGGUGUUUGAAGCAGUCCCUGUUAAGGGGGCAAUGACAUGGACUGCCAUUAUUGAAGCUUAUGGAAACAAUGGAGAGUUAGAGGAAGCAAUCCAUUUGUUUGAUCAAAUGAGAUCCUCUGGUUUCACUCCAAACCAUUUCACUUUCAAAGUGGUUUUAUCUGUUUGUAAUGAAGGUGGUUUUGUUGAUGAUGCGCUGCGCAUCUUCAAGCUGAUGACUGUUACGUAUAAGAUUAAGGCAUCUGAAGAACAUUACUCGUUCGUCAUUGCGAUUCUAACUCGGUUUGGUCGAAUUGAGGAGGCCAAAAGGUAUGAACAAAUGAGUUCUUCAUUAUCAUGAGUUUGAGAUCUGUUCAUAAUUGAGCUCCCUGAUAUGUAUAUAUUGUAUGUGUUCACCUGUUUGUGUAUAUUUCCUUAGUUUUGGAGAUUUGAAGGAUAAAUCUUCAAACUUCGGAUGAAUUUGGUUUCUUUGAGAUUGAACUUUUGAGCACUAGGGAGGUAAUCGGUUCCUUUAUUCACUAGGCUAUAUUCAAUGAGCUAGCUCGGAUCGAUCUUUGUAUUCCAUGAGCUAUGCUCGGAUCGAUGUUUGUUUUGGUUCAUUUUUUUUUUUAAUAAUUAAUGAGUUUCCUAGUAUUGAUUGAAAGCAACCAAAAUUGCACCAAUUGUAACAAUUAUGGAAUAUAAUCAUAUUUAGUAUUGUUUAUGAGUGAUCGAGGAAAGCCCAUUGUUUGGUGAUAUCAACCCAAGCCCCUUGCAGUUUAGAGUAGUGGGUUAAUACAUUUUCGCUUUCGCUCUGCAACUCACAACACACUUCGAGAGACUCCCGAGAGAAAUUAGGAGCAUACACCGACAGAUCUAAGUCGCCGACACGCUUCGAUCUAGGGUUUUAGUAGGUUGUAGCGACACAAAUGCUUUAAGAGUGCUCUCGGUGUUGUUAUGCUAGUGAUUGGUUAACGAACGGUGGCCAAAAUCAGAGUGAGGCUGUCGGAGUGCAAAUCAGAGAAGUGCGGGAGUUAGGGCAGCGGUUUCAGAAGGCGGGUGGAGAAGACGAAUUCUCGGGUUGAACAUUUGAAUUGGGUGAUCCACGCCGAUGUGAGCUUCAACAGCCCAAGGAACAUGAAUGUGCACGGCCCACGACCCAUAGGGAACACGACCCGCAACUUGCAUAGACUCGACCCGAAGUCCACGUCUCGACCCAAGCAACGACCCGCGUUUCCCUAGCCACGUACGUGCCAAACGCGUGCUCCUACCCCAGUCGCGACUCGUCUCAACCUGUCCGUCGGCGUGCUCACUCAACUUGGCUCACUCGGCUCCGACGACUUGAAAAUAGCUUAUUCGGCUU